CGCCAUGUUUCACAUUGUAGCAUCUGUCAUACGCUUGUAAUAGUUUUAUCCAGCUUUGUGUCCGCGAGAGUGGAUGCACGCGCGUGUUUUGUAGCUUAGACUCUGAGUGCAGAGAUUGAGUGGAUGUUUGGAGCGCGAGGUGGUGUUUUUACAGUAAGUGAGUGUUUUUUUUUUUUAAUACAAUAAGAGUGCCACGCAAUGCACCAUGGAGGAGGCCCACCAAACAUGCAGCGGAGUCUUCAGAGAUCCAAGUCUUUUACUGGGUGUGAGGCAGAAGAACAGCAGCAGCAGCAACAACAGCAGCUGCCAAUGGCGGUUACCCAGCAACAGUCUGCAAACGCCAAUCAUCCCCAGUCACCGGUGACAUCUUUUGCUCCAGCUGCGAGCCCUUCUGCACCACAGUCUCCUAAUUAUCAAAUCAUCAUGAGCCGGAGUCCAGUCACAGGCCAAAACAUGAACAUCACUUUACAGAAUGUUGGAACAAUGGUUCCUGGGAACCAGCAGAUCACCCUCACCUCUCUGCCACUCCAGAGUCCAGCCUCCCCUGGCUUUCAGCACCAGCCACAACAGUGGAGGUUUGAACCCGGGUCCUCAUCUUACAUCCAGGUAACAUCACCCUUGUCCCAGACCAUUCAACCUCAAAGUCCCACCCAGCACAGUCCGGUCCCCAUUCAAGCUGUGCACCGGCCUGGUGCUCCUGGUUCUUCUUUGGGAGUGUGUGGUCAGAGCCCGACACGGUUUGUUGAGGCAAUGGUUCGGCAAAUCAGCUUAGGCAGCCCACCUGGAAGUGGACAUUUCGUCUACCAGGAUGGAACGGGAUUGGCUCAGCUGGCUCCAACCACAGCAGGAACUGUUCAGCUGACUUCUCCUGGGACACCAGGGGCAGUCAGGGAAAGAUGUCUCUCCCAGCCACACUCUCAAACUGGGGGAACCAUUCACCAUUUGGGGCCACAGAGCCCUAUUGCGGCAGGGGCUGCUCUCCCAACAUUAGGCAGCCCUGGACACAUCACCACUUCUAAUCUGCCUCCUCAGAUUAGUAGCAUCAUCCAAGGCCAGUUGGGACGACCAAUGAUUUUUGAGAAGACGACACAAGGCAUGGUGGCUGGUGUGGCAGUCCCUGCGGCUGCCUCUUUCGGGGUCCCUUCAGCCAUUCCUCCCUCCAGUCCAUCCAGGAGCAACCCUUCCCAGGGCCUCUCCAGCCAAUCUUUGACCCCUAUCAGCAUGAAGAAGAUGCAGCCAAGGAAGCUAGAAGAGAUUGCACCCUCAAACCCAGAGGUGGCACAGUUGAGGAAGCAGUGCUUGGAGCAUCAUGGGAAAAAGAUGGAGAGUCUGAAGGAGGUGUUUAAGGAGUAUCUGAUCGAGCUCUUUUUCCUGCAGCAACUGCAAGGGAAUAUGAUGGACUACAUUGCUUUCAAGAAGAAGCCUUGCGCACCCCUCUUCACCUACCUGAGGCAAAACGAUCUUGACCUCGAAGAUGAAGAGGAUGAGGAAGAGCAGUCGGAGGUGAUAAAUGAUGAGGUGAAAGUAGUGACUGGAAAGGAUGGACAGACGGUAACUCCUGUUGCUAUAGCUACACAACUCCCACCCAACGUGUCUGCAGCGUUCUCCGUUCAGCAACCGUUCCAGGCCCAUACAGGGGUGGCAGGUGGUAGCAUCACUAACCCUAUAGACAUGGAGGCUUUCAAACGACAGCAAGCCAUUGCGCAAGCAGGUGGUAUGCCACCCACCCCUCAAACAGUCCAGAUCGGUGGGCAGAAACAAAACCAGCAGCAGUACGACCCAUCCAAAGGUCCCCCUGUCCAGAAUGCCGCCAGUCUCCACACUCCACCCCCACAGCUUCCUGGCCGCCUUCCCCAGGGUGGACUUCCCAUGGCAGGGUUGCCCCUCUCCCUGUCCCAGGGUCAGGCCUUGGUGGUGGAGCAGCAGGUUCAGGCCGCUGGAGUUCAGCACCAGGCACAGGUGAAGGUGCCGGGUGUGCAGAGUGCUGGAGCAGUGCUGGCUUCAGUCAACCCACACGCACAGCUGCAGGCACAACUUCAACAGAUGCAGUCAGGUCUCCACCUCCAGAUGCAGCAGCAGCAGCAACAACAGCAGCAACAACAGCAGCAUCAGAUUCAGCAGUCAAUCAUGCAGCCAGGACAUGCAACUGUGGCACUUGUGCGUCCUGGAUCAGAUUCCUCCCAGCCUGCCCAGCGUUUGAUGUCCAAUUCUCUCUCCACCCCGGUCAUGUCACCCUCCCCACUCACAUCCCCAUCCUCUCUCCCCUCCCCACAUCCUUCUGCCCCGGUCCGCACCCCCAGUAUUGGACCCAACCUCUCCCCUGCCAUCCAGUCCAAACUUGCUGCCACAAAUGGUACCACUGGACUUAAAAUGUCUGGUCUGGGUCAAAGUCCCAUCGGGCAGAACUCACAGGAAUUCUCUCAAGACAAGCAAGCAGAACAAGCCAAGCUGGAGAGCCAUGUGCACCAGCGCAUCGCAGAGCUCCGUAAAGAGGGCCUGUGGUCGGUCAGCCGCUUACCCAAGCUACAGGAGGCCUGCAGGCCCAAGUCCCACUGGGAUUACCUGCUAGAGGAGAUGCAGUGGAUGGCUGCAGACUUUGCCCAGGAAAGGCGCUGGAAGAUGGCUGCUGCCAAGAAGCUUGUGCGUAAAUGCGCGCGUUACCAUGUCGAGCAGAAGACGGAGGAGAGGGUAAAGAAGGAGGAGCAGAUGAGGUUGCGCCACAUUGCCAGCACAAUUGCUCGCGGUGUUGACUACUUCUGGGCCAAUAUUGAACAGGUAGUGGAAAUCAAACUGCGUUUCGAGAUCUAUGACAAACAACAAAACGUUCUCAGCCUGCAGAAAGCUGCAAGCAAAGGGCAAUGCGCUAAACUGGCCCAGACAUCAGGAGAGAAGUCAGAUAAAGAGAAUAAAGUGCAGCAGGAGGCUGGCCCAUCCCGCAAGAGAAAGUCCAGCUCCUCUCUGUCUGAUGUAGAGUUUGAAGAUGAGGAGAGUACAAUAGAGGAACAGGAGGCUAAUGAGGUUGUAGCUGAUCAGAAAGCUGAGCUAGCUGAACUGACUAAAGAAGCUGAGGUGCCUUUGGAUGACCUGGUGAAACAGUAUGCUGGUGCUUACGCUGAGGGUUUUGAUUGGCCGCAACCAUCCAGCCAGAGUGAGGAUGAAGACAAAGAGGAAGCUGAUGGCAUGGAUUCUCCAUUGGACAGUCCUCGUGAAGCAGUGCUGAUAGACUCCUUGUUGAGCAUGGAUCAGUACCGCGGCGCUGAGCGGUCGACUUCUGGCGCUGAUGGGAAGCCCAUGAAGGAUAUCGCUGAAGUUGCUGCAGCAACAGACCUCAUUCUGCCUAAAGGCAGUGCCAGGACUACUCUAACUAGUCGUUCCCCUCCCUCUCUUCUGCAUGGCUGUCUGAGAGAGUACCAGCAGGUCGCAGUGGAGUGGCUGGCAAGCCUCCAUCACAGAAACCUCAAUGGCAUCCUGGCAGACGAAACUGGCCUUGGCAAAACCGUACAGACUGUGGCUUACUUUGCUCACUUGGCCUGCAACCAGGGUAUCUGGGGGCCACACCUGGUGGUGGUGAGGACCUGUAAGCUGCUAAACUGGGAGAUGGAGUUCAAACGCUGGUGUCCUGGACUGAAGAUACUCCUGUACCUCGGAAACCAAAGGCAGCGCAGAUAUAAGAGAUCGAGGUGGUGUGAGCCCAACAGCUUCCACGUGUGUGUGACAUCAUACAAGCUCCUGCUGAAAGAUCAAGCUCACUUCCUGAGACGACACUGGAGGCACCUGGUCCUGGAUGAGGUGCAGCUCAUCAAGAACAUGACUGAGAAACACUGGGAGACUAUCUUCAACAUCAAGAGUCAUCAGAGGAUUCUCUUAAUCAACACGCCUCUGCAGAACACUCUGAAAGAGCUAUGGACCAUGAUCCAUUUUCUCCUGCCUGGAAUCACUCACCCAUACCUCAACUUCCCUGUCAAACCUGGCACGGAUCAGAACCAGGACUACUGCCACAAACUGGUCAUCAGACUACACAGGAUGAUUCAACCCUUCAUUCUGCGCCGUUCUAAGAGGGACGUAGAGAAACAACUGCCUAAGAAGUAUGAACACAUCUUGAAGUGCCGUUUUUCCAAGAGACAAAAGGCCAUGUAUGAGGACAUCCUCAUUCAACCUAGUGCCCAGGAGGCCCUAAAGACAGGACAUUUUGUGAGGGUCCUGGAGGUUCUUAUGCAGCUACAGAGGAUUUGCAACCAUCCAGACCUGAUCCAGGCCAGAGAAACGCACAACUCUUAUUUAUGUCAGCCACUGCAAUAUAACACCCCAUCCUUAGUGCUCACUGUGCUGCAGCAAGACCAGUGGAAGACUGUAGAUAUGUCCCUUUUUGACCUGAUCAGCAACGAGGGUAAAUGGACUCGUCACGAGACCGAGGAAGUUCUGCCCAAACUUAAGAUGACCAAGCAGCUCAUCGAGGAGAUCUACAGUGCACCCGACCCUCCACCCAGGCCUAAACCCUGCAAGAUCAAACCAAUGAGGUUGUUCCUGCCUGUGCAGUAUGGAACCAAACCAGAGGGGCACCUGGUCCCCAUGACCAGCAGCACCACUCAAGCCCUACGUGCAACUGCUGUUACUACUGCCCCCACCACCGCUACCACCCCUGCUACUGUUGCCCCAAGUGCGCAGCCCAGGGGCAAAUCACCCCUUACCACCACCACUUCCACACAGGCCACAUCAACCAGCAGCUCAUCAGGACCACUUCUAACAGGAGCCACCCCUAACUCCCGCUCUACCCCUCUGGCUUUGGGUGUGGCAGGGGUUGCCACUAUAGCCCCUAUGCCUGCUGUGGCCCCCCAGGCCCCCACCACUCCCCUCCAGCCCAGCUUGGUAUCCCAGAGGCUGGUACUAAGCUCCCAGGCACGGUUGCCUAGUGGAGAUGCAGUAAAGGUUGCUCAAUUGGUUGGGCAGGGCCGCAUCGCCCAGCCCGAAACCCCAGUCACCCUGCAAUUCCAGGGCAACAAGUUCACUCUAUCCCCGAGCCAACUUCGCCAGCUCACCACUGGCCAGCCCCUGCAGCUCCAAGGUACACUCGGCAACAUUCUGCAGAUUGUCUCUGCCCCUGGACAGCCUCUCCUCAGGGCACAGGGACCGCCUAUGGUGAUGUCCACGGUGCCUCAGGCUGUGGCUGUCCAAAACUCCUCAGGACCUCCUCCUCCCCCUGCCACCACCACCCAACCGCAAGCAUCCGCAGCAACAACUCCAUCUAUCACAGAUGCUGAUCCAAAUGCCAAAACCUCAGCCAAUUCCACAUCGCAAGAGUCAAGUGAGGAGAGAAACAGGCAGCUAAAGGAUCGCCUUGCUCGUUUGUUUCAUGCGAAUGAGCAUCGGUCCUCACGCUCGGUGCUCUAUGGCUCUGACCUGGUCAAAGCCUGCUCCGUUUAUGAGGAACGUCCUCCACCAUCCUUUCCAGCUCCCCAGCACUCCCGCUGGAGCUGGGUGGGCAGAGACAGCUGCCUAAGGGCUCAGCAGACUUGCGUGUCCACAGUUGCUCCACUCCGCUCAGCAAUCCUCUUCAACAGUGAGCAGGAGUCAACAGGAACCCUUAGGAAGAGGUUCUCCUGUGUACUUCCUGCUGCUGUGGCCCCUCCCCCUCAACUGUAUGCAGCCAAUCCUCCACCAUCAUACAGCCUUGCUCAAAAGGCUUUCAGGCGACAGUUGCAGGAUGUGUCCGCUCCACACAAUGCAGAGAUCCGUAGCUUGGCCUCUUCUCCCAUAGUCAGCUUUCCUGAUGCCCACAUACUGGAGAUGGAUUCAGGGAAACUGGAGGCACUCUCCAUCCUGCUGCAGAAGCUGAGAGCCGAGAACAGGCGCGUGCUGAUCUUCACUCAGAUGACCAGCAUGCUGGACUUACUAGAGGGCUUCUUAGACAACCAUCACCUCACUUACGUACGGCUGGACGAGAGCCUGUCACUGGAGGAGAGACAGGAGCAGGUCAAGAGGUUUAACCGUAACAGACAGGUAUUCUGCACCAUCCUGACCAAUCGCUGCUGCUCAGCUGUGGGUCACGUGUUUGAUGCAGACACCAUGGUGUUCUACGACACAGACUUAAACCCCAGCAUGGACAUGCGCACACAGGAGUGGUGUGACAAGAUCGGCCGCUCCAAAGACAUACACAUAUACAGGUUGGAGAGUGGGAACUCCAUUGAGGAGAAGCUCUUGAAGAAUGGCACUAAGGACCUUAUACGGGAAGUGGCUGCUCAAGGCAUGGACUACACUUUGGCCUUUUUAACCCAGCGUACCAUUCAGGAUCUGUUUGAGGUAGAGGCCGGCUCUGGAGAGAAGGUGGAGGAGUUUGUGGUUCUCCAUCAGGAGCCCUCCCCAUCGGAGUCCAUCCCCCCUCACGUGGCCAGACCCUACAUCCAAGCCCUCAACAGCAUCCGACUGGAGACCCAGCAGGAGGAGGUGGAGAUGGAGAAAAAAGAGAAAGGCUGUGAAGAGGUGGAGGGAGGAGAUGACAAGAUGGAGGUUGAGGAAGGGUUAAGAGGCGAGGUGUCGCAGUUAGAGGAGCUGGCAGCAGUCAUGGAGCAGCUGACUCCUAUUGAGAGAUACGCCCUACACUAUCUGGAGUACCUACACAUCAGUGAGGAUGAACAGGUGGUGAAGGAGCGUAUAGAGGCGACUAAGAGAGGCUGGGAGCUGCAGCAGCAGCAGAGACUGAAGUUGGAGAAAGAGGAGCAGAUGAUGCUGGAGGAUGAGGAGGAUCUGUUCACUUACACCAGAGAGGAUGCAUACAACAUGGAGUAUGUGUUUGAGAAUGAGCAUGGACAAACAGAGAUUAUGCCGCUGUGGACUCCUCCAACCCCUCCCCAGGAUGACAAUGAUAUUUACAUUGACUCUGUCAUGUGCCUCAUGUAUGACUCCGCACCUAUGCCAGAGUCCAAACUGCCCCCUGUCUAUGUUCGCAAAGAGCGCAAGAGACACAUGGACCCAUCAGCUGGCGGGCGUAAGAAAAAGAAGGGGCAUGGGGAAGCAGUGAUUCCUCCACGUUCUCUCUUUGAUAAGGCCAGUUUGCUCAAGGUGAGACGAGAAGGUAAAGACCAAAAGAAGAGCUUUUCUCUGAAACAACAGGCUCCUUUUGCUAAACCGCUGCCCUCACUGCUCAAACCAGCCAUGGAGGCCGGACAGGACAACCCUGAGUGGCUCAUCAGUGAGGACUGGGCCUUGCUACAGGCUGUGAAGCAGUUAUUGGAGCUUCCUCUGAACCUGACCAUCAUGUCUCCGGCCCACACCCCUAACUGGGACCUGGUGAGUGAUGUGGUGAACUCGUGCAGCAGGAUCUACCGCUCGCCCAAGCAGUGUCGCAACCGCUAUGAGAAUGUAAUCAUCCCUAGAGAAGAGGGCAAGCUGAUAUAUGAAGCAAACCCUAAAAAGAACAAGACCAAAAGCAUUUAUAAGUCCAAGAAUAGUCGACCUCUGCGCACUUCUCAGAUCUAUUCACAAGACGACAAUGCCACCCAGAUCCAACUGUACAACAACCGCUUUGAGCUGAUGAAAAUCAUCGCUAGCAAGAGGAGCCCACCCAUAAAACCACUACUGGGCAUGAAUCCAUUCCAGAAGAACCCCAAGCAUGCUUCUGUGCUGGCUGAGAGCGGAAUAAGCUACGACAAGCCUCUGCCUCCUAUCCAGGUUGCUUCUCAGAGAGCUGAGAGAAUCGCUAAAGAGAAGAAGGCACUGGCCGAACAGCAGAGGGCUCAGCAAAUAGCCCAGCAGCAGGCCGGAGGAGCCUCCCAGCCUCAGGGGACUUCUACCCAGCCUCAAACCCAGCCGCAGGCAACUACAGCAGUGGCACAGGCAACUGGAGUCCCCCAGCCCAACCAACCUGGAGCAGCUGCAGUCCCCAACACAGCUGUACUGGCUGGAGCCAUCAAGACCGCUGCAGUGGGAACAAGCAUCCAGUCGGCAACGGCUACAGUGAGCGGGAAUGUGAUCAUGAACACUGUGGCUGGAGUUCCUCCUGGUCAGUUCCAAGCAAACAAGCGUCUGGCCUCUCCAGUCAUUCCUGCGGCAGGAACGGCCACAGCUCAAGUGGUUCACACCCAGCAGAGAGCAGUUCCUGUUACAGCUGCCCCAGCAGAGGUCGUUGCCAUAGCGACUGGUCAGGGUGUGAGAGCAGUUACACCGGUGACUGCAUCGGCUGUCGUGUCCACCAAUCUGACUCCUGGUCAGUCCCAAACACGCACGCUGAUGGCUCCAGCUGCUGGUAUGCAGUUGCCUCAGGGUAAACAGAUCACACAAGCCCAACUUCAACUGCUCCGACAGCAACAGAUGCAACAACAGCAGCAACAGGCAGCUUCUCCGCAGAUUAAAGCAGUUGGAAAGCCACAGCAGGAGUUGUUGAAGAAGCAGAAGCUGCAGAUGGCACAGCAGCAGGUUGCGGCAGCAGUAGCUGCAGCUCAGGGCCAGCAGGCUGCUUCUACCCAGCAGCAGGUGCAGGCCACUUCAGCAACUCAGGCCAGCCCUCAACUAGCUGCUGUUGCUGCACCCAGAGCAGGAGCUGUACUCACUGGAGCUACUGUCACCAAUUUACAGGUGGCCAGACUGACACGUGUCCCAGCCCCAGGAACCAUCCAAGCUCAGCCAGGUCAAACAGCCCAAGUGACAUUGACCAAACCCCCUCCUGUAGUCUCAGUCCCUGCCGUGGUCUCCUCUGCUGGGGUCACGACCCUUCCUGUCACCGUUGCGGGCAUCAGCGUCGCCAUCGGUCAGACGCAGAAAGCAGGUGGUCAAGUGGUGACCCACCCUUUCCAGGUGCAACAGGUUCAGCAGCUGUUGCACAGACAAAAGCAGCAGGCGGCUGCGCAGGCAGCUGCAGUCCAGAAGGCAGCACAGCCACAGCAAACGCAAGCUGCUGUGCAGCAGAAGCUGGGCACGCAGCAGGCCGCUCAGACCACAACUCAACAGCAGCAGAAGGUGACGUAUGCAACCACCACUCAGCUGCAGCCAGGCAUUAAGACACAGUUCUUUACCACCUCUAUCGCACAGUCUCAGAAACCUGCAACAGCACAGCAGAUUCAGGUUGCUAAGCUUCCUCAAAUAGUACAGCAGCAGAUAGUGUCCUCACCUCAGCAGAUCCAGGCGCAGCCUCAGACGGUGGCCCUGACACAGGCAGCACCUGCGGCAGGUUCAGCUCAGGUGCAGGUCAUUCCCGCGGCCACAGCCGCCCAGGUUGUCCAGCAGAAACUCCUCCAACAGCAGGUUGUCACAGCAGCUGCAUCCUCCCCUCAAAUCCAGACCCCGCCCCCCCACAGCCCCGCCCAGCAGCAGAGUGCUGCUCCCUCUACUGCUGAGUCUCCAGUGCAGCAGGCCUCCACCCCUCAGCCCCAGCAGGGCAAAGGAAACACCCGCACUGGGGCCACCAUGCGCUCUAAAACUCCCGCCAAACCCAGCAGUGGCAGCUAGAGAGACUUUAGGAGUCAGAUGUACCUGGGCACAAACUAGAGCUAGACAAAUGGUGGCGCUUUAUUAUAGAGGAACUCACCUUAGACUUUCUGGAUGGAGGGAAAGCUUCUUUUUACAAUGCAACAUUUGACAUAACACUCAUAAGCUAAUAACAUCUCACACUGAAGAAAUAUCACUCUGCCAUUGGCCCUCAUUCUACGGCCAAUUGGUUUCUUUCACAAUAUCUGGACUCAUUCUUGUUUUUUUCAAUGGCUUGUGAAGCUGAAGCCCUUCCCUCAUAGAAAGUGUGCACUGUCGAGUGUAUUCUUCCCAGAAACAGAGCAUGACAGAGUGCAGACUGAUGUUCAGGUAGAGACACUAUCAGUAUGAUGGCUCAAUUUGUAAUGACUCUUUACUGAGCUGUAAAUUGUUCACUGUUGUUUUUCUACCAUGCAUUGUACUUUGUUUAUACAGUUGUCAAAAUGUCAUUACACUCUUAAGGUCAUGGAUGAAGUGCGUGACACCCAUCGACUUUCUGCAACACUUCAUUUGGCAUGCCAGGACUUUUCAUGUUUCUGGCAGAUCAUCUCAACAUUAUUCAUAAUGUUCAAUCAGUCAAAUAUUGUAUGUGUCCCCUACUGUGCUUUCAAAUUUUUUAAAUAGGUGUGGUACUAUUGUCCUUUUGUUGUUUGUGUAAGUAAAUGUCCCUUUUAAACAUUAAAUGAUUAUCAUGGUAAUUGAUAUUGAGGCUCCAUGAAGAGAAGACGUCCUUAAUGGAUGUGAAGAUGGCAAACUGCAGUUAGUUUGAUACUUACUGAAAGUGAAAGACAGUGAUUGUGUCACUCAUCACAAAUACACCAUGACUACAAAUUGUAUCAAUCUAUAUAAUAAUUGAAUAUACAUUAGCUUGUAUCAUGUGCAGAGCAAAAGGUCAACAUCCACCAAAAAAUAAAGAUAUUAUGGUGCGCCUAAAUUAUUACCACCAUACAUUUAAAGUUAAAAAAAAAUUAUAAUUUGAUGAGUUUUUUCUGCAUAACACAUGGAAAUUGUCUUGUGAUUUUGUAGUUGUACAUUUAAUGUUUGUGUUAAGUGAUACAACACUCCAUGAUGUUAUUUAAUAUGUCUACAAAUUGAUAGAAAAAUAAUCCUACACCAUAGCCAUUUUGUACCAUUCAUGGUAGCAGUAGCCAUGGAAAGUAUUGACCUCCCAAAAUCAAUUUGGAAGAAAUUUAAUUUCUGAUAACACAUCUGUGAAAUAUGUUCUUUUUCCUUUGUUUUUCUUAUGUAUAGUUGUGAACAAUAUCACCAUUAUUCAACUGAGUCAGAACUUGGCUUGUUUAUGUUGGCUACAUUUAGUCGAUGUGUCAGAUACACUAUCUGAUGUACUGAAAUAGCUAUGUUGUCGAGGCUUUUGUUCAUAAAUGUCUUUUUGUAUUGAUGUUGAUGGGUCAGGAACAAUGUAAAUAACUGGGGGGGCGGCAACAGCAGCAGCAUUUGUAUUUGUAAAGUAGUUGUGUAUUCAUUGAAUUUUUUUCAGCCUAAUUGUAUAAAGUGUUAUGUUUUUACACAUGUUCUGUUUGGUUUCUUAACCAAACUGGUUUUGUCUGGCCGAAUGUUUAAAUUGCCCAGGUUAAGUAAGGGUUUUUUUAACAGCUGGCCUCAGGUUGCAUUAUGCCAGCUGUUCUGCUUAGGAUCCAUAUGCACUUCUAUAUGCAUUUGUGCAGACUUGCUGAGAGCAGUAUAUGUUGACACAAACUUCUCUCAGCAAGUCUGCACUCAGGCAUACAGAACACUGUACCAGAUACACAGGCUAACAGGGAUUUGAACAUUGCAUUACAUCUCUAUGAAAAUACACAUUUUAUUCCAGCAGUUGGGCAUUUUUCAUCUUAAGCAACCUGCAAUAUAUCGAUUGCAAGGACAUUGUGUUUUGCACAUUCACAAUAGAACAAUGUUAUGAUCUCAGUUAAGGUUUCUAUUCGUAGCUUUCAGAAAAUAUCCUCUUGUGUGAUCUAUUGAAGAAGUUAGUUUCUGUCAGGUCAAGUUUCCACAUUCCUUCAUUUGACCCUUUUUCCAGAUUCUGUGGUAAGCCAUAAGGGGGCACUCUUUCAUGUGCAGUUUGUGUGAUCAGGAAGCCACGACUGGUUGGAAAUAGGUUUGUGAUAGCUAAGAUAAGCAACAUAUUGCUGUUGCUUAUUCUUGUGGUUUUUGAUUUGGACAGGCCCUUAAACCAAAGUAUACUUUAGCAUGUUACAAGUCCUGCUUUGUUAGUGUUGUUGAUGAUACCUCAAACACUUAAAAACAAACACCUAAUAGAGCAGGUGUGAAAUAAUAAUAAUAAAUUGUUUUCAAGUUCUGGAUGUGCUGAAUGACUCCAGCCAGGUUUCCUAAGCAACCAAUUGGCC